AUGGAUUUUACCAACUCAUCUUCGUCGUCUCGUAGCAGCAAUAAUACCACAACAACACUUCAGGAGAAGAAGAGCAAAAAGAAACAGCAGCAGCAACAACAAGAAACAACAGGGGGAAGGUCACAACAGCUAUUCUUCACUCAAGACGACUCCUCCUCCUCCUCCGUUGACGGCAAUACAUGCCAUUACUCUUCCGGCACCACCGUCGCUUCAGGAGGACGAGGAGGAGGAGUUGUUGGCAGUGGCAGUGGUAGUGGGUGUGAUCAGUACUCCACCCACCCCAACAAUCAUUACUACGAUAGCACGGACCUCCCACCCUUUCCUUCUCAGGAAUCGGCAGGAGGGUGCUAUGACGACAUGGGCAGCCAGGGGAGUUGGGUCGAUUCAACAGGAGGCUUCUUUGGGUUUGGAGAUACACAGCAAUUGACUAAUAAUGGGUUCGACUACUCGACGACAUCGGCGACGACGACGACGUGCUUGGGUUUUGAUUCCACAGAUCAAUAUGUUCACAGCCCACUCUUUGGAAGGAUGCCCCCUGUUUCUGAUACGACUGUGCCAUCCAUUACAGAUGCUUUCGAUUUGGGUUCCUCCGCCUACUUCUUUUAA